AUGGAGACGAACGGGAAAGAAAACUUCGAUCUCAGUGCGAUUUCAGCAGAAACACGUGACAUUGCAGAGUCUUCAACAAAACUAAAGAAGCAACAUCUUAUAAAUGACGACGACAUUCCUUACGAGGAAGAUAUUCUUAGAAAUCCAACGUCUCUUCGAAGUUGGCAACGCUACAUUGACCACAAGAGGAAAACUAAUGCACCUUGGAGACAAACUUGCCAGGUUUAUGAACGAGCCUUGAAGGUGUUUGAUCGAAGUUAUAAACUUUGGUACAACUACUUGAGGUUUCGGCAACGUGUUAUCGCUCACAAACCGCCAACAGAUAUUUCUUGGGCCCAUCUGUGUGAUGCUUAUGAGAGGUGCCUCAUACACAUGCAUAAGAUGCCCAGGAUUUGGAUGGACUACUGUACAAUAAUGACGAAACGACGAGUUAUUACAGACUGUCGCCGAGUUUUUGACAGAGCUCUGCGAGCGCUGCCGGUAACGCAACACCUAAGAAUUUGGCCGCUUUACAUCAAAUUCGUCACAAGUCAUGAUAUCCCAGAGACAGCUAUUAGAGUUUAUAGGAGAUACCUGAAGUUGUAUCCGCGGGCACGCGAAGAUUUUGUAGAGUACUUACAAAAGAUUGACCAGUUGGAUGAAGCUGCUAAACAGCUAGUUGCCUUGGUCAACGAGGAUAUGCCAGUAUCGGACAAAGGAAAAACUGUUCAUCAGCUGUGGGCCGAACUUUGCGAUUUGAUCUCUAAGAAUCCGAAGAAAGUGUACUCCCUAGAUGUGAAUGUUAUAAUGAGGCAGGGAAUACAAAAGUACUCAGAUCAGGUGGGUGUUUUGUGGUGUGCCUUUGCGGAGUACUACAUAAGAGCUGGACAGUUUGAAAGGGCUCGAGAUAUAUAUGAGGAAGCAAUGGUGUCUGUGAAAACUGUUCGAGACUUCACACAGAUUUUUGAUGCCUUUGCAGCAUUUGAAGAGAGAAACACUGCCGCGAGACUAGACCACCUGUCCGAGCCUCCUGAUGAGGAGGAUGAACUCGAGCUGGAGUGGUUAUUUGCCAGGUUUGAACAUCUUAUGGCUAGACGACCGCUGCUACUUAACAGUGUGCUCCUUCGACAAAAUCCUCAUAAUGUGCAUGAAUGGCUCAAUCGUGUGGCACUUUACGAAGGUCAACCUGAAAAGCAAAUUGACACGUAUCUGGAAGGUGUACGAACUGUAAAACCAAAGCUACAAGUUGGUAAACUGAGUGCCCUAUGGAUUUCCUUCGCCAAAUACUAUGAAAAAGCCGAUCAGUUGGAUGAUGCCAGAAGCAUUUUCGAAAAGGCCACACAAAUAGCAUAUGCUAAGGUGGACGAGUUAGCAAUGGUAUGGUGCGAAUAUGCAGAGAUGGAGCUUAGGCAUAAGUCAUCAGAACGUGCCAUUGGCGUGUUGCGCCGCGCAUGUGCGCCUCCACCUCGAAAAACCAACUACUUCGAUGAGACGGAGACGGUCCAGAGUAGAGUCCACAAGAGUUUACGGGUUUGGUCGAUGUAUGCUGACUUGGAGGAAGGCUUUGGAACUGUUCAGUCCUGCAGAGCUGUCUAUGACCGUAUCUUAGACCUGCGGAUAGCAACUCCACAAAUUGUUAUCAACUACGCGUUGUUUUUGGAAGAACACGACUACUAUGAGUAUGCGUUCAAGGCCUACGAAAGAGGAGUGGCCCUGUUCAAAUGGCCACUUGUAUUUGACAUAUGGAACCUUUAUCUCACAAAGUUUGUCAAGAGAUAUGGUGGAAAGAAGUUGGAACGGGCGCGAGAUUUGUUCGAGCAAUGUCUGGAAACGUGCCCAGCCAAAUAUACCAAGAACAUAUUUUUAUUAUAUGCAAAACUCGAAGAGGAUUACGGUUUGGCUCGACACGCUAUGUCCAUCUACAGUCGUGCUACUGAAGCUGUGGACAGGAAGGACAUGUACUCGAUGUUCAAUAUCUAUAUAAAGAAGGCCCAAGAGCUUUACGGUCUUCCACACACUCGACCUAUCUACGAACAUGCCAUUAGUGUCCUUCCUGAGGAUGCUUCAAGAGAACUAAGUUUGCGAUAUGCUCAAAUGGAGCGUACUCUCGGCGAGAUUGACCGUGCCAGGGCAAUAUUUGCCCACGCUUCGGAAAUCUGUGAUCCGAAGGUUCAUGGCCAUUUCUGGGAUACAUGGAUGGACUUUGAAGUAAAACAUGGCAACGAGGAUACGCUGCGUGAAAUGCUACGAGUUAAACGAUCAGUACAGCAGACUUAUAACACGAGUGUCAAGCAUAUGUCAGCACAGAUGAUUGCGGCUGGAGCAGCGAAGGCUGCCGAAGAGAUUAGAUCGACAAAUGCUAUGCAGCUGCUCGACAAGCAGUCUGACAAAGCCGGAGGGAUUGCUUUCGUCCGAGGAGCAAGUAAAACUACCCAAAUGGAUACUACGGAGAAUCCAGAUGAGAUUAAUGUGGAUGUGGAUGAUGACGACGAAGAUGAAGAUGCAGCCGCUAUUGAGACGCAAGCGGUACCAGCAGCAGUGUUCGGCGACCUCAAAAGACCAGAUCAGGGAGAAGAAACUUGA